UCAUACUGUGCUGUUCUGAGCUGUCUAUGCCUCUCUCUGUUUGUAUUCGCUGGGAGUCAGCAUGCACCUGUGGUCUCUCUCAUUUCAACUGGUUGUUUAUCAAUGCUGUCACGUUAGCAGCUCGUGCAGCAGUCAGCAGGAGAGAAGUAGAACUGGACCUGGUAGAUUCAAAAUACCAAAAACUCAGAGCAAAGGAAUUGUGUUUGGGGAGUUUCUGCCUCCAUCUUGAGACGAAAGAAAUCUGAGGAACAAACUUGCCUGGCUGGAAUGAAGGACUGACAGCAAGCAGACUUGUGUGGAAAAGGGUGGCUGUAUGAACUUCUGCAGUGGACAGAAAGCAGUAACCAAGUUCCCUCUGGUUUUUUGAUUUAUACUGAAACAUUGGCCUACACUACUCCUCAAGCCUGACUCCAUCUGAUUCCAGAGGAUUCGUGUGCCCUACCGAAUGAGUGAGCUCUGAGCCAGCCAUCGUAUUUCUGAGACCAACAGCAAUCAACAACCCUCCUUCAGAGAGGCGCGUUUCCAAAGUCUUUUGGAAGAUCAGGAUGGGAAAACUCACAACAUGGAGAAGACAGAGGGGAAGCUGGAGGGAUUCUACAUUACACGACCUGGGUUGGAGACCAGAGGGAUGUGCUGCUUGCUGUGUUUGUUUGCUGGCAGGUCAAGUGGACACCUAACAGUUAGCUGUCCAUAUGGACUGUGUGAGUGUGUCUAUCUCGACCUGCAGACUGAUCCAGAUAAUCUUUGUAGGAUUAAAGCCAUGUCCCAGAGGAGGAAGACAUACUACACUGCCUGCAUUCGUCUUAUAAAGCUCCUGCAACCUUUCAGCUGCUGACUGUAAUGCCUCCCACAAAGACCUCUAACCACUGGACGUUAUCAGAGCUCCUUGGACAGCCGAGGCUGUUAGGGUUCGGAGCUCUGCUGACAUGGUUGGUCCUCUUCCAUCUCCUUGUGAACGUUUGGCUCCUCUGCAUCUUCACCAGUCUCUUGGUGGUACUCGGGGGUUGGCUUGGGUCCCGUGCCGUACUAGAUGCAAACAGCCUUCUCCACUUGGAACACUUUUUGCCUCUUGGCAAAGUGAACCCACCUCUGUAUUUACCUGAACAUGAGUGGAGGUUGAACCAUGAGAUCCACAGUGCUGUCCACAAAGCGGUGCGUGACUUUGUGUCCUCGUGGUAUCGCACUCUGCUGCCAGAGGUGGAGGGGGAGUUUGAACGAGCGGUGCGUAAUUCGAUGCUGGAGUCAGUAAUGGAGCUGAAGAGGCGUGCUCAACAAGUGGACAGAAAAGCCCUGGUUCAACGGCUGCUAGAGCUAUAUGGCUGUCACCUGCAGAACUACAUGGUGGCAAGACAGAGACAGUCAACACAAAAGAAGAGUAUUAGUCUCUGGCAGCUCUACAGUGAAGUAGAAACCCAUCACCCAGCUGUGAGCAGUGCAGUCACAGAGCUCAGCUACUCAAGAGCUCUAGUUAACCUCGUCUUAAAUGUGCUUGUUCCAUACCCUCAGAUGGAAACCAGGACUGGAGGUUACGUGAUUACAGAACUCAUCACCUGCAACAUGCUGUUACCGCUCAUAAGCAGGGUAUCUGAUCCCGACUGGCUCAACCAGACCAUUGUAGACAUAAUCACCAGAUCCAGAGAACCACAGGAAAUCAGUGUGGAAGAGCUCCCAGAGGCUGCACUAUACAGAUGUCAGCUCCAGCAGGAAUCCUGGACCACGUGCAAGUCCCUGUCUUCUUCUGAUCUUACCAGCCAAAGCACCUCUGAAGUCGAUGAUCUACAGAGCCAGAGUACACUCUGUGAGAAGGAUUCCUCACAGAGCAGCAUGGUUAGCCUGAUGUCUGCUGGGAAAGUAGAAAAUUGCCAUACAGGUUUGCUCACACCAUGCAAAGUGAACUGCUGUUCACUCACAUCUGACCGUUACUCCCACUCACCAGAGUCCAAAAUGAUUUCACUAGACUCCCUAAUUCACUCAGACUCUGAAGAUGAGCUGACAGGAGGCUUUUGUGACUGUGGUCCUCCAACAAACUUCUGCAACGUGAUCACUGCGAAGGAAGAUGAGGCCCCCGGCUGCUUCGGCCCUCUGAAAACACUUGCGUUGAAGGUGGCGGUGCCCGAGGACUCCCAAUGGCCGGCGGGUAUAGCCCAAGAGAAAUCCCCAACUUGUCCUCCAAGAAGACUUUGUCUAACCACUUGUAACUUUGAUACCCCCAAUAACCAAGCUGCAUCUUUGAGCAUCCAGAAUGUGCAAAUUUCUGGCACUGUCACUGCGAAGGAACAGCGUGGCACAGGCUCUCAUCCCUAUACGCUCUACACUGUGCAGUUUGAGACAGUGGCUGAAGCUGAAAACAGUGACUCCCUGAAACUGGUGUCCUGUCACACUGUUAACCGGAGAUACAGCGAGUUCCUCAACUUGCAAACACGUUUAGAGGAAAAGCCUGAAGUCAAGAAAGUUAUCAAGAAUGUCAAAGGUCCAAAGAAAAUGUUCCCUGACCUCCCAUUUGGCAAUGCCGACAACGACAAGGUCGAAGCUCGUAAAAGCCAACUGGAUACUUUCCUUAAACAACUGAGCAGUAUUCCCGAGACAUCCAACAGUGAGGACAUGCAGGAGUUUAUGGCUCUAAACUCAGAUGUUUGCACAUAUUUUGGAAGAAGGCCGUUUGUCAAGUCAAGAAUUGAUAAGAUGAUGGAAAAUGCUUUAGACACCUUGAAGACAGCUUUCCCUCAUCCUGAGCCCCUCAGUCCAACAGAAGAGCUUGAAGGAGAUGCUGAUGGAAGAACAAUGGACAACAGAAAGUACAGGAGGCUUAUGUUCCCAAGCAAAAUCUCCCCAUCUCUCAAUAUACCUGACCUACAUCCUAAAGUGACAUACUGCUUUAGUGAAGGCAGUGCUGUCCUCAAUGGCAUGUCACUGUCUAGCCUGGAGAGCUUUGUCGAAGAGCAGGAAAGACUUUUAUGUGGGCUGAAUGGGAAAGAGACAUCGAAACAGAGCUGUGAGCCGCCUGGCAAAGACAAGAAGACCUCAGGGAAGACUCAUGGGACAGAUACAGCUGUGGCAGAUGUUGCUUUGAACAUUUUGUGUCUGCUGAUGAAGGACCAGUGGAGUUGGCUGUGCACAGAGAACAUACAGAAGACCAUCAGGCUGCUCUUUGGUACCUUUAUUGAGAGGUGGUUGGAUGUAGGAGUUGCCCACCUUACCAGUGCCCCCUGUUGGGUUAUUUACCUACAAGUGCUGCAGGAAGCUGUAUGGCCAGGCGGCACGCUGCCUGCCCAACCACGGCCAGAGCGUAGUGCUGCAGAAAGAGAGGAAACAAAAGAGCAAUGUCUGGACUGUCUAAUGCAGCUGCUUCCAGAGCUUAUCACUGACAUGCUGGGAAGUGAAAAGUACAGACUGAGCUUGGAGACCAUGCUGGAGUCUUUACAGGACCAUCAGAUAAACAAGCAUCUGAUCUACUGCAUGUGUGACCUGCUGCUGGAGUUUCUGAUCCCUGAGUCGUGUGAUGACGCCUUCCAGAGGUCUCUGCUGCUAAACCUGGCCAAAGACGCAGAGAAAGACAAUCCUCACAUGUGAUUAGCACAUGAUAACACUCUGCUGCCUCACAGUUGUAAGCAAUUGGUGGAUAAUGAGCAGAAUAUGUGUGUAUUGUGAUGUAUUCAUAAUGACCUGUUGUCUCUGGAGUCCACUGGGUGAUGACUGGGAUGACUGUGUGCAGUCACAUUAGAAUUACGUGGCUUCAUCUUGUUUCGGGAAUUCAUAAUAAACUCCCAUUCCUUCUGACACUGGGUAUCAUAAAGAUGAGAAGGAUGAAAAGUGUGUUUAUAUUUUUGACACAGUCAUAUGGUCUGUUCUUGUUUAUCGUUUUUAUUGAUUCAUUCAUCAAGAUUUUUAUGUUGCACAAGCCUGGUGAUAUUUUUUAUAUUUCUAAAUCCUCACUUGCUUUGUUGAACUGUUUGAGGGCUUUAAAAUAUAUUCAUUAUAUAAGAUUUUAUAUAAGGCUUUUAAUCUAUCCUUUAUUCAAGUUCGGUAUCUUACACUUCUCAAUGCAAUUAGUGCCUUCAGCUGAGCACUGUGAUAGCUAUCAGUGAAACCAGCUGUGUGAAGGAGGGGUUAAAGCUAUACUGUAUAUGAUUUAGUUCCUGUCAGUUUCACAAAGAAUCUGAUUAACUCUGAUGAUCAUCUGAUAGUUUAGAUUGAUAUAAUUUAAAAAACUGAUGCCCUGAAUCAGUAAAUGUAUUAAAUGUAAGAGCUGAAUCCUCAUUUCUUCAUAUAAAAUGAUUGUCACACAGAUGUUAUUGUGUUUGGUGAGGUGUUUUAUCUGUAUUUACUUCUCCACUUCUCCAAACUAUGAGUGUUUUCCUACUCGUAAUCCAGUUUUGAUGAGCAGAUUCAAGCCAGAAUUUGUGCACAUACGCUCUCACUAAUGAGAGGUAGCCAUUCCAAGUUCAACAUGUUACAGAAAACCACAUUUUAAAUGAGGUUCUUCUAUUUAGAUUAAAGUUUAAUCUGGUUCUCAUACUCUCUUGAGUGUUGGUUGUAACUUUUAACUUUUGGUCUGAUGCUAAGGUAACUUUGUUCAGUGAAUAGACAACAUGUAAGGUCAUCAGAAAACUUUCAGUAUGUUCACUUAUGCCGAACAACCAGGGACUGUUUGCACACUGCUACUCAGGUUAUCUAUUUUAUUUUGAUAGUGUGUUUUCAUUAGUGUGUCUAUACAAGAGCAUAUUUCAUUCUAGCACAUAUAUUUAGUUUUUUGCAUAGUGUAGCUUUAAAGUAAAACUUGUCACAAUAAGAGUUUGUAUUGGCUGUGACGUUUUCAACAACUGUGUGGGAACCAUCCUUGAAUGAAUGAAUCAGUCAGAGCUUCAUACUGGGAGUACUAUGUGUGAAAAGAGUUUAAGAUUUGACUCGUGUGCUUUCAAUAAUGAUUCCACCAAGAUCCCAGACUGAAAUUUCAUCAAUAAAAGAGGAUUUAGCAAAGUGAGUGCCGGCGGUGUUAUAGUCUUCCCAUGAUCUUUUGAUCCUGAGCUGCCUUUGAAAAAUACUCACUGCUUCAUAGACAGUCUAUUCUCUUUGAUGAGGCUGCAAGAGUGUGAAAGAUUAACACCUCUCCGCAUGAGUUAUUAAAGCGCGGUGAAAAAUUUUCCUUUUGAAUUUGACUUAAGUAGCAAAUUUAGAGAAAAGUGGAACUAAAUCUCCAGCAUCGAUGACGUGUUUCCAAAUGGCAACAUAACUCAGUUUAACAUGAAAAACAUUUUCUCCCCCAGAUAUACAAAGCAAUGUUUGCUCAAAUUCAUUAAAUUCACAUUAUUUUUGUCCAUUUCAGGACCUCCAAUACUAUACAAGCAUUGGCAAAACUUCAAGUGGAACUAAGAUUGAGAUUCUGGGAUAUAUAAUAUACUAUGCCAAUGCAGUAUUGGCAUUUAUGCUUUGUAAAAUUAUGGUUGUUAAGUAUGUCAGUCAAAAUUAUCUUAAACUAUAUAUAUAUACAUUAUAUUUCAGCCUGAUAGAAAUCCAUCUUAAUUGUGCUAAACAGCAGUGUCUCGCUGUGUGUCCUUUGCAAAAUGAAAACACUGUCCGCCAGUGUGAUAAUAUUUCUCAGGACACUUUUCAUAGAGCCGGUCUUGACCGUACUCA